AUGCCUGAGAUGGAAUCAGAUCAGAUGGCCAGCAAUCGACGUUUCGAACCCUCGACCACUAGAACUCGUAAAGCAAAACGCAGUGUGCCGCGGAAAUACCAGAGUAUGUUUAACAUUAACCAGAUGCCUGAGCAGUCCUCGGCUCCCUUGGUACCAAUUACUCCGGGGGAAUCCACAGGACCGCCCAACCCCGGUAGUGGAGUAUCGACAAUCGGGGCCAAUUUGAAUAAACGCUUACCCAAGUGGCUUCGAUGGGGUGCGAACAAAAAGACCAGUGUUGUCGAAUGUAAAUCUGACCGGGUAGUGAGUAAAGUUGAACAGGCCUAUACCGAAUCGUUGGUCACGGAACAGAAAGGGUUCCUUGGAAAUCUGGGCAUCGGAGGAUAUAUUGGUGCAGAGGAAUCGAGCUUUGUCACCUCCGACGAGGUGGAUGAACAACCAUUACAAAAUGCCAAUGGCACAAAUCAGACGAAAUCUCUGAUUAAUUUAUCCUCAUUAUUGCUAUGGCCAUCCCAAGAUGUUGAAUCCGGUGGAUUAUCAUCUGGUGCCCCAAUACUAUCACAGUCACAACCAGCACGUCCGUCCAGACCAGACCUGAUUCCACUUAACCGUGAACGAGAAAGCGUAUCCACUUCUUCGAGGAACAAUAGUUCUGUAGAAGGUUCACCACUUUCCCGAAGUUCACUUGGCGCACCCGAGCUAAGCCGUGGACGUAUAUUUUCCGACCCGCAAACCCCAACUUGGGAUCGACCUACCGUGAUUCCGGAAUUAAUCAAAGUCCUAUUUCUGACUAAUACCCCAUUGGGCCGUGAGCUCAUGGAUGCGGACACCUUGCGUUCAACUACGAAUGAUGGUUCAAGAAAACCGUUGGAUUCUAUAACAUUGCUCAUACCAUUCCCCGCUUGGUUUAUCCACGAGAAUUCUCCCAUCAUACCAAAUAUGACUUACUGGGUAAGUCAUUUACCGAUCGAUCUGCUACGGAUCGAUGCUACUUUACUCGUUCAACUGAUCAUGAUUUAUCAGUAA